AUGAACCCACACCAAGCCAACAAAGUCGAUAUCAGCUCACUCAGCCCCGAUGAGCAACGACUCCUCCGUCUCUACGGCAAAGUGCCAACCAAGAAAGACCUCCUCCAGAACAAACUCAAGGAACGCAAAUACUUCGACUCCGGUGACUACGCCCUUAGCAAAGCCGGCAAAGCCUCAGACGUCGGCGUCACAAGCAUCGGCUCACGACACCCUGUGCCCGAAAACAUCCCUCAUCUAACCGCUACAUCGCCCAGCGCCAACAACCCUUCCAACGGCAACAAUGGCCAUAUUGGUGGGCCGGGCGCAGCAAGUGUUACUUCUCAGUCUAUCCCCGGUAGUAUUAGUGGGCAUCCCGGGUCGAUUGGGUUUCCCCAGAAUCGCGGCAGCCCCGUCAAGGAAGGAUCGUUUGUGCAACGUAAGUCGAGUUUGAAUCAUGAUUCGCAGAAUGAUGAGAAUGCCGACGAGCCUGCUGAAGAGGAUCGGGGACGACAGGUGGAGAAGGAUGAUCAGUAA